CAAGAAUCACAAGAAGAAGUCACCCAAAUCAAACAAGGCGCAAAAUAUUCCAAGUUGCCAAGAAAUUAGCACAAGCAGAGCUUCAAUGGCGAAAUCAAGAAACAUCAAGAACCCAAUCUUUACACUGACCCCAUCACCAGUUUAUCACUUGCUCUCUGCCUCUCCAUUCACUUCUCUUCUUUUCUCUCCCAAGAAAAGCCCGAGGAACUACAACAAACUCUUGACACCACCAACUCUAUGCUUAAUUUCACUUCUUGUUUCCUUGACUCUCUUUGGAGUUUCCAUUCUUGGCUUCACAUCCAAUUCUCAUGAUUCACUUCCAUGCUCUCUAAACUCUCCAUCUUCUCUUUCAUUUCCUUCUAUGUCCAUUUCGUCAAUGCUUUUGACCUCCCUUUCUUCUGUUGUUCCCAAGAAUGUGGAAGAUGAGCCAAGAAUGGCAAAGAGUUUAAUGGCGCCAUUACCACUGCAGCCCGUUACUGGCAAUUUGUCAAAAGAGGAGAAAGAGUUUUGGGAGCAACCGGAUGGAGAAGGGUACAAGCCAUGCUUGGAUUUUAGUCUCAAGUAUCGAAAGGCAUCUGCGAGAAUUUCAAAGGAGAGAAGGAGGUUCUUGGUGGUGGUAGCCUCCGGGGGGUUGAACCAGCAGAGGAAUCAGAUUGUUGAUGCUGUUGUCAUUGCAAGAAUUCUUGAAGCAGCUUUGGUUGUUCCUGUUUUGCAGGUUAAUCCAAUUUGGGGCGAUGAGAGUGAAUUCUCGGAGAUUUUCAAUGUUGAGCAUUUCAAGAGAGUUUUACGAGCUGAUGUACGAAUUGUAUCGUCCCUUCCCUCCACACAUUUGAUGUCAAGGCAGUCCAUUGAAAACCAAAUUCCUUAUGAUGUUUCACCAUAUUGGAUUCGUGCCAGGUUCUCCAGACUGCUGAAUGAAGAAGGCCUUCUUAUACUAAAAGCAUUAGACUCCAAACUUUCCAAGAAUCUCCCCCCCGAUCUGCAGAAGCUGCGAUGCAAGGUAGCUUUCCAUGCAUUGAGAUUUGCGGCACCAAUACAGGAUCUCGGGAACAGGCUUUCAAAGAGAAUGUGGAUUGAAGGUCCGUAUAUUGCCCUCCAUCUCAGGUUAGAGAAGGAUAUCUGGGUCAGAAGUGGAUGUCUCAGCAGUUUAGGCCCAGAAUAUGACAAAAUCAUCGCCAGAUCACGGGAGUCUCAACCUGAAUACCUUACAGGAAGGUUGAACAUGAACCAUGUCCGGCGAAGACUUGCUGGCCUAUGUCCCCUUAGUGCACUAGAAAUUGCAAGGUUUUUAAAGGCUUUAGGAGCACCAAGCACUGCUCGAAUAUACAUUGCUGGAGGAGAGCCAUUUGGUGGCAGCCUGGCUCUGCAACCACUGAUUGCCGAAUUCCCAAACGUAAUAACAAAGGAGAUAUUGGCAAGAGGAGGUGAACUGUCACCAUUUAUCAAGAAGGCCUCAGCUCUGGCUGCUAUAGACUACAUCAUCUCAUUAAGCAGCAAUGUCUUUAUACCUUCCCAUGGAGGAAACUUCGGUCGAGUCAUGCAGGGUCACCGUGCUUAUGCUGGUCAUAAGAAACACAUAAGGCCUAACAAGCGAGCCAUGCUUCCUGUAUUCGAAAACUCCACCUUCGAAUUCGGAAGCAUCAUCAGGACGCUGCACAAGAAAUCUCAGGGCCAACCUGAGCCGAGGACUAACAAGAGAGACCGAGAUGUGAUUGCAUAUCCAGUUCCUGAAUGUAUGUGCAAGCACCGAACACCAAUUUUUUGA